AAAAACCCGAAAGCAUCGCGAAAUAGGGAGAGAGAGAGAAGAGAGAUAGAGAAUGGAGUGGAAAAGCCGAGCGUAGCCGGAACGAAGAGCCCCCUUCCACCGUCGUUCGAUCGUCGAGCUACCCUCCCGGCGGCGAUCUAAUCCCCAGAUCCAGGUCCUUAGGUUCUCAGGAAUCAGGAUGCUGACCAAGUUCGAGACGAAGAGCAACCGGGUGAAGGGGCUGAGCUUCCACAGCAAGCGGCCUUGGAUCCUCGCCAGCCUUCACAGCGGCGUUAUCCAGCUAUGGGAUUACCGUAUGGGCACCCUCAUCGACCGCUUCGACGAGCACGAGGGCCCCGUCCGCGGCGUCCACUUCCACAAGUCCCAACCCCUUUUCGUUUCCGGAGGUGAUGACUAUAAGAUUAAGGUUUGGAAUUAUAAGACACACCGGUGCUUAUUCACCCUCCUUGGGCAUCUUGAUUACAUUCGCACUGUGCAAUUCCAUGAUGAGCAUCCAUGGAUCGUCAGCGCGAGCGAUGACCAAACUAUUAGGAUUUGGAAUUGGCAGUCUCGAACCUGCAUUUCAGUGUUGACAGGGCACAAUCACUAUGUGAUGUGUGCCUCAUUUCAUCCUAAAGAAGAACUGGUCGUUUCUGCAUCUCUGGAUCAGACUAUCCGUGUUUGGGAUAUUAGUGCACUGAGGAAAAAGGUUGCUCCGGCUGAUGAUCUCCUGCGUCUGGGACAGAUGAACACGGAUUUAUUUGGCGGUAUUGAUGCUGUUGUCAAAUAUGUCUUGGAAGGUCAUGAUCGAGGAGUCAAUUGGGCGUCUUUCCACCCUAGUUUGCCUCUUAUCGUUUCUGGAGCAGAUGAUCGACAAGUGAAAAUAUGGAGAAUGAAUGAUACAAAAGCUUGGGAGGUGGAUACUUUGCGAGGUCACAUGAAUAAUGUGUCUUCUGUGUUGUUUCAUGCAAAGCAAGAUAUCAUUGUAUCCAACUCAGAAGAUAAAAGUAUUCGCGUUUGGGAUGCUACAAAACGAACAGGCAUUCAGACAUUUCGUAGAGAACAUGAUCGCUUCUGGAUUCUUGCAGCACAUCCUGAAAUGAACCUUCUUGCUGCUGGUCAUGAUAGUGGAAUGAUUGUUUUUAAAUUGGAGAGGGAGCGACCUGCUUUCUCUGUCAGUGGAGAUACUUUAUAUUAUGUAAAAGAUCGUUUCUUGCAUGCCUAUGAGUUCUCAUCUCAAAAGGACAGUCAAGUUGUUUCGAUAAGGAGGCCUGGUUCCAUUAGCUUGAACCAAGGACCUAGAACAUUGUCUUUCAGCUCAACAGAGAAUGCUGUCUUGGUAUGUUCUGACGUGGAUGGUGGAUCAUAUGAGUUGUAUGUGAUUCCUAAAGAUGUUGUUGGAAGGGGUGACUAUAUGCAGGAUGCAAGGAAGGGAGUGGGAGCAUCGGCUGUUUUUGUAGCUCGUAAUAGAUUCGCUGUUCUGGACAAGAGCAGCAAUCAAGCCGUAGUCAAGAAUCUUAAGAAUGAGAUUGUAAAGAAGAGUCUUCUUCCAAUUGUUACAGAUGCAAUAUACUAUGCUGGAACUGGUAAUGUAUUAUGCAGAGCUGAGGACAGGGUCGUCAUUUUUGACCUUCAACAGAGGCUUGUGGUUGGAGAGCUUCAAACCCCAUCAGUUAAAUAUGUUGUAUGGUCAAGUGAUAUGGAGUCAGUUGCGCUGCUAGGUAAGCAUGCUAUAAUAAUUGCUAGCAAGAAACUUGUUCACCGUUGCACAUUGCAAGAAGCAAUACGCGUAAAAAGUGGUGCGUGGGAUGAAAAAGGUGUCUUUAUUUAUACUACACUGAAUCAUAUCAAGUAUUGCCUUCCUAAUGGAGAUAGUGGAAUUAUAAAAACGCUUGAUGAUACUGUGUACAUUACCAAGGUAUCUGGAAACAAUAUAUUUGUUUUGGAUCGAGAUGGUAAGAGCCGUGUGAUAUCAAUUGAUUCAACAGAGUACAUCUUCAAGCUCUCCCUGUUGCAGAAAAGAUAUGAUCAUGUUAUGAAUAUGAUCAAGAACUCACAGCUUUGUGGACAAGCUGUCAUUUCAUAUCUGCAACAGAAAGGCUUUCCUGAAGUGGCUCUGCAUUUUGUGAAAGAUGAAAAGACUAGAUUCAACCUAGCUAUUGAAAGUGGUAACAUCCAAAUUGCUGUCGCUUCAGCAAAAGAGAUUGAUGACAAAGACCACUGGUACAGGUUGGGUGUUGAGGCCCUUCGACAAGGAAAUACUAGCAUAGUGGAAUAUGCAUAUCAGAGGACAAAGAACUUUGAGAGGUUAUCUUUUCUUUAUCUCAUAACUGGUAACAGAGAAAAGCUGUCCAAAAUGCUGAGAAUAGCUGAAAUCAAGAAUGAUAUUAUGGGCCAAUUCCAUAAUGCCAUGUACCUUGGUGAUGUCCAUGAACGUAUAAAGAUAUUGGAAAAUGCUGGCCAAUUGUCUCUAGCAUAUGUGACUGCUGCAACUCAUGGACUCAUGGAAAUUGCUCAGAGGCUUUCUACUGAACUGGGAGAAAAUGUUCCCUCUUUACCUGAAGGUAAGGAGCAUUCUCUUCUGUUGCCACCUUCACCUCUGAUAUGCUCUGGGGAUUGGCCAUUGCUAAGAGUAAUGAGAGGUAUCUUUGACAAUGGGCUGGACACUAGGAAGGAAGCAGAGGAUGAAGAGGAGGAGGCGGCCAAUGCUGAUUGGGGCGAAGAGGAAUUAGACAUUGUUGAUGUGGACGGCAUGAUCCAGGAUGCCGAUAUAGUUGCAGAACUGGAGGAUGGAACUGGAAAUGAAGAUAAUGAGGAGGGAGGAUGGGAUCUUGAGGAUUUGGAAUUACCUGCAGAUGCUGAUACGCCAAAAGUUUCUGGAAAUGCUCGUGCUUUAUUUGUUGCCCCUAACCCUGGCAUGCCUGUUACCCAAAUCUGGAUUCAAAAGUCAUCUCUUGCAGGGGAGCAUGCGGCUGCUGGAGAUUUUGAUACAGCCAUGCGCUUGCUUACCAGGCAAUUGGGCAUACAAAAUUUUGCUCCUAUGAAGCCCUUGUUCAUGGAUCUUUUUGUAGGAAGUCAAACCUACAUAAAUGCCUUUGCUUCUGCUCCAGCCAUGUCAACUGCUGUUGAGAAGAAUUGGAGUGAAUCUGCAAGUCCUAACGUGAGAAGACCACCAGCUUUAGUAGUUAAGUUUUCCCAGAUGGAUGAGAAGCUAAAGGCAGCUUACAGAGCCACAACUGAUGGAAAGUUUCCUGAGGCCUUACGUCUAUUUCUCAACAUUUUAUACACAAUUCCACUUAUUGUAGUGGAUUCGAGAAGGGAAGUUGAUGAAGUGAAGGAGUUGAUUGAAAUUGCCAGAGAGUAUGUCUUGGGCUUGAAAAUUGAAGUUAAAAGAAAGGAAAUCAAGGACAAUUCUAUUCAACAGCAGGAGCUUGCAGCCUAUUUCACCAACUGUAAGCUUCAGAAGAUUCAUAUGAGGCUUGUACUCACUAAUGCUAUGACUAUCUGCUACAAGGGAAGAAAUUAUGCUACUGCAGCAAAUUUUGCCAGGAUGCUUCUUGAGAGCAGCCCAACAGAAAUCCAAGCAAAGAAGGCUAGGCAGGUGCUUCAACUUUGCGGUGAUAAAAAGGAUGCUAAUCAGCUCAACUAUGAUUAUAGAAAUCCUUUUGUAGUGUGUGGCGAAACAUAUGUUCCUAUUUAUCGGGGCCAAAAAGAUGCUUCCUGUCCUUAUUGUGGAGCUCGGUUUGUACCAGCUGUUGAGGGGCAUCUUUGCUCUGUCUGUGAGCUUGCAGUGAUUGGAGCAGAUGCCUCAGGUCUACUUUGCUCUCCCACACAGUCAAGAUAAAUGGAAACAGGCAGGAAUUGGAUAUCAUGAUAUGCUGUAUUUCCUCCUAAACCAAAGCAACUACUUUCCCUUCUUUUUUGAUCAAUUGGAGGAUUUGUAUGAAUUAGUUUGCAUUUGUAUCAGGAACACUUGUUUUCAUGUUGAAUCAACUGGAGAAUUGGCUUCGAAAUGUUAGAUGGUAACAAUCAGAAGCUACUUUGUCCAAAGUUUUUUAGCUUGUAGUUCUGCUUCCGUUUCACUUUUGGUAAAAAAAAAAAAAAACCAAAUCGGUGUAUUGCGAUAUAAGAUAUGUUUAUUUGCUUCUUAAUCGGCAUGGUGUUAAAUCUAGAUUUCGCUUGUUUACCAAGCGUGGCACUUUCAAUUUAUUCAAAGUCAAUAAAUUUCAAACUUUGUUGAGUUCA